CACAAGAAUGUCAACAUAAAAAAAUCAUAAAUAACAUUUCCUAAUAAAGAUAAUUCUGUGAAAAUAAAUAGAGAUUUUAAUUAAUUAAUUAAGCUUUUCAAACGACAAAAUUAAUCAUCAAGUUCGUCAUCUUAUUAAUAGCUUUCAGGUGUGUGAUAGUGGUGAUAGUGCACCUGUUUAUCAACACAGCCAAAAGCAACAGGGUUCAAAGCUCAUUUAGCCGGAAAAAUCGCGAAUUUUCCAGAAAUGUCGGGGGUUGCUUUCAAAUUUUACUACGACCUCCUCUCUCCACCUUCCCGGGCACUCAUAACAUUCUUCCGGGUUGCAAAUAUUCCCGUGGAACCCAUUGCUGUAGCCCUCCGGAAAGGAGAACAUCUCACGGAGAAGUACAACAAGGAAGUGAGUAGAUUCCCAAAGCUUCCGUGCAUCAAUGAUGACGGGUUCCGGUUGUCUGAGAGUGUAGCCAUAGUGCGGUAUGUCAAGAAGACAAGAGGAUUUGAUGAUUUCUGGUAUCCAGAGGAUUCCCAGGCACAGGCACUUGUGGAUGAGUACCUGGAGUGGACACACACAAACAUUCGCAUAAGUUCCGGAUUGUACUUCUUCACAUUGUGGCGGAAUCCCUUGAUGACGGGGGAGAAGCCGGAUGUGGCGGAAGUGCGGAAGUUGGAGGCUCAGCUGAACAACACAUUGGACAUCAUGGAGAAUACCUGGUUGAAAUGCAAUUCCUACAUUGCCGGGGAACAGUUUACAAUUGCUGAUGUUUUUGCAGCAUGCGACAUUGAGCAACCGAGAAUUUGUGGCUUCAAUCCUCUUGAUUCCCGACCAAAGCUCACAGCAUGGUUUGACCGUGUGAAGAAGAAGCUCGAUCCUGCUUUCACGGAACAUCACAAAUUUAUCUACAAAUACGGCCAACGGUCUCUGGAAGCCGCCAAACUCUGAGAAUGAGGAAGACCUUCUGCGCCGACGUGCCAUCCACACGUUCCACAGCAGGUGCUUCUGAUGUUGUCAUACUCAUGACCAAAAAUUUUGUGGUGCAGGAUAAAAUAAAAAGAGAAAAGGGGCUUCUUUGAAUAAAAUUCCUUAGGGUACAGUGCA